AUGACAAAGUCCCACAAUCUCAAACGUUGUCUCAAAGCGAGCGGGAACCUCAAUCUACAUGAUUCUGUCACAACAUCACGCAACCUGCAACGCACCACCACGCAGUGUAGGCGACACAGAAUGACAGCAAGCGACUGGCUACUAUUGUUCCAUCGAGAGCCGGCACGUUGCAACUUCUCGCUGAACAUGAUCCCUCUACGCAUAGUACAUCCGGUGUCAGCCUUCGAGAAGUCAAACCGCACCACCGAGCGAGCGAAGUCGUUCAGGAGGCAGGUGAAUCUCGUACCCGCAUGCGCACAUGUGAUCAAUGCUACUCCACGGUGCUACAUUCACGAAGCCCCAACAGGCCGUAACACGACUUGUAUCAUGCGACAGCUCCACAUCCGCGGGCCGUAUGCCAAUAUCGUCCAUGCCAUCGAUGCCUUCUGCCAAUAUACCCUAAAGAAAAAGGGAGCGAAGCAAUUGGACAUCGCACCCGCACACAUCCCGAUCAAGCUCGUCUUGGCGCCAUCUGUCGCAACGAUGAGAGAAUUCUCGGCAUGCAACUACAUUGUCGGCUAUGUUCCGGGAGUGAAAGACGACACGGCGUUUGUGUAUCGGACGGACUCCGAAGAGCUAGCGGAACAUGAGUUUUGCGCUGUGAAACUAUUCGAAAGCGUAACGUUUAGUGAACCCAAUUCAAACAGGGACAGUCUAUCUGUGGAAAAUUCAUUGAAACCUGCAUGA